AACCCAACAAGCCCUCAAGUCUUUUUCCUAUACGCUCUCCUCCUAUCACUCUUACCAUCAGUAUCUCCGGAAUAUUUUACUCAAACCCCCAAAUUACUCAGGCGCUUUCUGCGAGAUCAGUUCCCCAUUCGACAGUCAACUCCCAUUUCCAUAACUUUCACAAAGCCAAAGCCACCGGUGCCACAACUAAGUCCCCUCGAAUUGGCCAUCGAUUCAACUUUUGGUUUUGUGGCAAGCGAAGAAGCGUCUGAAGCAGCAUGCCAACGAAUUCCGGGAUUAUCUAAUCAUCAACGCAACCUCUGUCGAAGUAAUCCAGGUCUUAUUUGGGCUCUUGUGGAUGGGACACAGUUGGGAUUGUAUGAAUGUGUACAUCAGUUCAAGUAUGAUAGGUGGAAUUGCUCGAUGGCUCGAGUUGUACUUGGGAAACCACGAGGUGAAGCUUUCCUCCUCAAUGGCGAUAAAUCAUCAGCUGCAAAUCUAAUUGGAAGUCUUCAGAAGACAUUAGUGAAAAGUAAGUUUGCACUCAACAUUAGCAAUCAUCCCAAAGCUUUUUUUCCUGCAAAAUUUUAA